UUCCUCUCCGGUGCAAAUACAGAGCCCUUGUUUCCGGGAGGGCGUGUGAACGUGUGGGACAGGAAGUGUGGCAGCAGGUCACAUUGAGGUGUUGCUAGCGGUGGCUUGAAGGACAGUGUAUUGUUCAGCAUGUUCCUGUCUCGGAUCCCUGCUCCCCUGCGCGUGGCCUCCUCUCUCAUCUCAGGCUGUCUGCAGUUCGCUGGAAGGCCAGUAUGUGGUGCUGCGGUGCUGAGCUCGCCCCCCUGUGGCAGGGCCAGGUAUUGCAGCCGCAGUGCUGUUUCCUCGGGGCGCCCCCCCCAGCGCUUGCUGGCUCUGGAUCACGAGCUGGAGGAGGCCCUGGUGCCCAGGAAGAUGGCCGUGUCUCCCCUGGAGAGCUGGCUCUCCCUGCGCUACUCCCUGCCACCACAGGAGGGCGCCGCCAUCGCCCAGCUGGUUCCCAGCGUGAGCAGUGAGGAGGAGCUGCCCCGCCUGGCCCCUCCCGCACACAGGGAGCCCCGGGGGGGGGAGGAGGGGAGGGAGGGGGGCGCGACCGUGCCGCUGCUCUGUAAGAAUGUGCUCGAGAUCCGGAGGAGGAAGAUGAACCGACACAAAUACAAAAAACUGUUGAAGAGAAGCAAGUUCCUGAGGAGGAGAGUGAGCGAGGGAAGGAGGAAGAGAAAACAGGGCCGGUUCGAGAAGGAUCUCAAGCAGAUCUGGAUCAGGGCGGGGCUCAGGAAAGCUCCGGAAGGCUGGCAGGCGCCCAAAAUCUACGUGAAGCAGUACCAGGGCAAAUCAGACUGAGGGGCGGGGCCGAGGCGGAGGGGCGGGGCAGUGAGACAGACUCUGCACAGCUGUAGACUCCCUGAUGGACUGACUGUAAAUGUGGAUCCCAUGAAAUAAACAGCUGUGUGCUCAGUUCUGCAGCGCUACCCAGCAGCCACUAGGUGGCAGCAAUGCCCCUGUUCAGCGUUAAGGUUUAACUUUGAGUUCUGUAGAACUGAGAGGCAAGGAGCCUCGUUUUGGCUUGGGCGCUGACCGCCUCUGAGAUUCUGCCCAGAUCACGUGUCCAGUCCGGCCACGUCAGAGCUGACCGUGUUAUGUGUUAUGACAGCUGGAAAAAUAAAGAAUUGAAGAAAUGCUGUGGGUCUUUUUUGGUUUUUAUUCUAUUUGAAGUCAGUUUGGUUUUGAAGCCGUGCGCUUCAGGUCAGCACAGUGACCCAGAGCCCUCGCUGCAAUCCGAGUGCAGAGACAGCCCGCUCCCUCGGCCCUCGCUGCAAUCCGAGUGCAGAGACAGCCCGCUCCCUCGGC